UUGACAAACCCGGCUUUUGUGUUAGGAAUACAAAAGGUUGUCAGUUUACUUGAUGCAACAUUUCGACUUGCCGGUCAAUUGACAUGGAUUUAGUCCUUGAAAAUGGCAGCUAUAACAACUAUGAAACCCCGAAAACCGAGCAUCGAUGCUACUUCAAUAGAAAUCUACGAAGAAUCUCUGUCGAGAGAUACCCUGGAAGUGUUAAACUCCAUGAGGCAGUACACAGAACUUUGUGACGUGAAUUUGCUUGUCGAUGGCAAAACAAUAACAGCUCAUCGCGCUAUUUUGGCGGCUAGUAGUCCUUACUUUAGAGCCAUGUUUUUGUCUGGGUUCUCAGAAGUCAACGAAGAGUUUAUUGAAGUCAAAGAUAUGGGAGCUGAUGCUUUGGCCAUGGUUAUCGAGUACUUUUACACUUCAUAUUUGAAGAUUGACGCCGAUACAGUCGAGGAUAUUCUUAAAGUGUGCGUGGUCCUUCGUCUUGACACACUAGUCGAUCACUGUGAAACCUUUCUACGAAGGAACAUGACUCCUUCUAACUGUUUAGGCCUUCAUUCCGUUGCCAAGUUGUUUUGUCUCGAUGGCUUGACCGAUCACGCGAAACGGUUUACUUUAUGGAAUUUUCAACAAGUUUUUCAAGAAGAUGAAUUCAGCCUACUUCCUUACGAUCAACUCAGGUCAUUGAUCAGAGACGACACACUCAAGGUCCAGUCAGAAGAAGCGGUCUUUGAUGCGGUUUGGAAGUGGAUCAACCACGAUUUCCAUACAAGGAAGGAGUAUGUUGGGGACAUUAUGCAGUACGUACGGUUUCCGCUCAUGUCUUUGAACUUCUUGGUCAACAAUAACACCGUCAAGAGAUUGUUGCAAGAGAAUACCAUCUGUAAAGAACUAGUAAGAGAAGCACGGAUGUAUCAAGCUUUGCUAAGCAAUGACUCUAGUGGUGAAGAAACAGAAAAUUUCAGAAUCAGACCUAGAAUGGCUUCAGAAGAAAUAUAUGUUAUUGGUGGGUGGUCCAAUGGACAGAAACUAAGUAGUGUCCAAUGCUUCAAUGUUGAUACAUUACAAUGGUCUGUGGUUGCUGGCAUGAGYGUUGCGCAUGUUUCAAGAGAGGAUUAUUUCCGUGUAGUUGUAGCAAAUGAUGAGCURUAUACUGUGAGCAGAUACAAAGUUGGCAAAUAUGAUCCCAUUUCGAACAGUUGGAUGCAGGUGGCGAAUGGACCUGAUGUCCARUGCAAGUGGGCGGGUGUCUGUGAAUCAGAAGGGUUUGUGUAUGUCCUUGGUGGUCACAGUAGCAUGUGUGCAAAACGGUUUGACCCAGAGACACUACAAUGGGAAUCUCUUCCUGUUAUGACGUCAGCCAGGUACUACCCAGGUGUUGCCGUUUUCCAGGGCAAAGUAUAUGCRGUAGGAGGUCUUGACCACUUGUGGGCACCACUGAGAACAGCAGAACGCUACGAYCCUAAAAACAGUCGAUGGGAACCCAUAGCAUCAAUGACAACAGCUCGUUGGAGCCUUGGGGUGGCUGUCCUUGGGGAACUACUGUAUGCWAUAGGAGGGUCUGAUAACAGGGAGUCRUACAGUAACAGUGUUGAAGUCUACAAUGCCAAAACUGAUACAUGGAGCCAGGCAGUUGCAAGCAUGAACAAUGGUCGCCGCUGCUUAGGAGUUGCAGUUGUUAAUGAUUUAAUUUAUGUUGUUGGAGGAAGAGUUGUGAACAGCAUUGARUAUUAUGAUAAAGAUCAGAACACUUGGAGUGUAGUGGGAACUGUGAAUGCUCGCUGCAACUUUGGCUGUGUUGCACUAAGAUUGAUGUAACAGUGAUGUGUUACUGUUGUAAAUUAUCACAUUGUAAUCAAUAGUUGAUAGAAAGUGGUUUAACUUAUUUUACAAGGUAGCAGAUGUACAGAAAUUUGAUUACUAUUUUGUAACUAGCCAUGCAGAACAAUUCCUCACCUUUAAAGUUCUACAUGUAACUUCUGUUUAUGAAACUGGCUUGCAUGUGAACUGAGGGAAAGAGAAAAAACUCUCUUGCCACAUUGGGGUUUGCCAGAUUGGAAAUCAAUUGCUAGUACAUCUAUAGUGGACUCCAUCACUGAUAGCAAUUUAGACAUGUGUAGGAUAAUAUUGAUUGUCAUAAAUUAACAAUUGAUCCUUCUACAACUUUCCUUUUUCUGCUGAGAGGAUUUAGGUGUUAUUUUAUGCCAUGUACAAAGAUAUUUAAUAUAUUAUUGUAUAAUUUAUAGUUGGAUUUGCCUAUGAAUUAAUAUAUAUCAUUAACUAUUACACUGAUAGUUAUAAAACACCUGCUAUUUAAACGUUUUGGUAAAAUUACAGUACAGGUGAUGUUUUACAUGUACAUCUUCCAUUACACGGGAAGUAAAGGUUGUUUACCCUAGAUUUUAUCUAKAAUUAGAAUUUACAAAGCCAGGGUAGGUAAUAUAUUUUUGUACUUAUUAUAUAUUUUUAUAUAUGAUAUUUUAGUGUUGUAGACAUUAGUUUGCAUGGGAUUAUUUAAGUUAUUUUGUAUUAUUGGACUUCAGCACUUAAUAAAAGUUAGCACCCACACUCAUGGUA